AACUAUCGGAGUCAACUAUUUCAGAAACAACUAAACCCUGCCCAAAACCCUAAAACCAAACACACCCUUCUUCUCUAUCAAAUUCAGCUCGAAAAAUGGAGGUUGAACCAGGGGAAGCAUCAAAGGAGCUAACUAACAACGUCAUGUGUCAAUUAUCCGAUCCUGAAGGAACCCCACUGGGUGCAUCCAUGUAUCUUCCUCAAAGUGUUGGCCCUAAGGAGCUUCAACAGAUGGUUAACAAGCUCCUCAAUAAUGAGGAAAAGCUACCGUAUGCGUUUUAUAUAUCGGACCAUGAGCUUGUUUUACAACUCGGAGAAUAUUUACAGAAGAAUAAAGUUUCGGUGGAGAAGGUAGUUACAAUAGUGUAUCAGCCGCAGGCAGUGUUCCGGAUCCGUCCUGUUAGUCGUUGUUCUUCUACAAUUGCUGGUCACACAGAGGCUGUACUUUCGGUUGCUUUUAGUCCCGAUGGACAACACUUGGCUAGUGGUUCAGGUGACACAACUGUCCGGCUAUGGGACUUGAAUACCCAAACACCCAUGUUCACUUGUACAGGGCACAAGAAUUGGGUUCUUUGUAUCGCAUGGUCACCGGACGGUAAGCAUCUUGUUAGUGGAAGCAAGUCUGGAGAACUUCAAUGCUGGAACCCAUUGACCGGGAAACCGUCUGGCAAUCUGCUCACUGGUCACAAAAAAUGGAUAACCGGUAUAUCAUGGGAACCGGUACACCUCAGCUCGCCUUGUCGUCGCUUUGUCACCUCUAGCAAAGACGGCGAUGCACGGAUAUGGGAUGUUACAUUAAGGAGAAGUGUUAUAUGUCUUAGUGGUCACACUCUUGCAGUAACUUGCGUAAAAUGGGGUGGAGAUGGAUUCAUAUAUACAGGAUCUCAAGACUGUACGAUUAAAGUAUGGGAGACUACUCAAGGAAAGUUGAUUCGUGAAUUAAAGGGUCAUGGGCAUUGGGUGAAUUCUCUAGCAUUAAGCACGGAGUACGUUCUUCGGACCGGUGCUUUUGAUCACACACGUAAACAGUAUUCAUCUCCAGAAGAAAUGAAGACGGCGGCUUUAGAAAGAUACAACAAAAUGAAGGGUAAUGCUCCCGAAAGGUUAGUUUCCGGUAGUGAUGAUUUCACCAUGUUUCUGUGGGAACCGUCUGUCAGCAAGCACCCAAAAACCCGAAUGACAGGUCAUCAACAGCUUGUAAAUCAUGUUUACUUUUCGCCUGAUGGGCAAUGGAUUGCAAGUGCUUCGUUUGACAAAUCUGUCAAGUUAUGGAAUGGAAUUACCGGGAAGUUUGUUGCUGCCUUUCGUGGUCACGUGGGGCCUGUUUAUCAGAUAUGUUGGUCUGCUGACAGCAGGCUUCUCUUGAGUGGUAGCAAGGACUCUACCUUGAAGGUUUGGGAUGUGAGGACACAGAAAUUGAAGCAAGACCUUCCUGGUCAUGAAGAUGAGGUUUUUGCUGUGGAUUGGAGUCCAGAUGGUGAGAAAGUAGCAUCGGGUGGUCGGGAUAGAGUUCUGAAGCUAUGGAUGGGUUAAAAAGUAAAGAAAGCUUUUUGUAUGUAUAUCAAGGUGUACAUGAACCGUCUAUUGCUCUCCUAUGGGUUGUUUUUCAUUAUUAAGCAUCAAACACUUUACGUUCUUAGUUACAUGUUUCCAUUGUUUUCAAACAAACUCAUGAACAUUAUAUAGUGUUUUGAAGUAGCUCACAAAGAACUUUAUUUAUUUGCC